ACGGCAAACAAGUGAACGACUGCUAGUUUAAAUUUAGUUUCUUUAAAAAAAUGGAGUAAAAAUAGAGUUGCUCAGGUUAUUUUAUUACACUGAUAAUAUGAGAAAUGUGACUGUUUUGCAAAUUAAAUGUCUCAUUUGAUCUGCGCUUGCAAGAUAUCUUUAGCGCUCUGAUUUUGUAGGUAACGUUAGCUAGCCAGCGACCUAGUCAGUAAUAAUCAAAAUCAAGCGUUGUUUUAAGUAGUCUAGCUGGUUAACGUUAUCUGGUUGCUUGAAGAUGGUGGAACUUUCUGGAACCGUCCGUGUCAGUUGAGAAGUGUUCGGUACUUUAACGUUAUAUAUUUUUCCUGUUUCAUACAAACUAGCCGACUAAAAUGAGUUUAGCUUUCAGCCGAGCACCCCGAAAGACGGCGGGGAACCGCAUGUCCAAAUUACUGGACGCUGAAGAAGAAGAUGAGUUCUACAAAACUACUUAUGGUGGAUUCAAUGACGAAUCGGGAGAUGACGAGUAUAAGGGCGAUCAGUCGGACACUGAAGAUGAGGUGGACAGCGACUUCGACAUCGACGAAGGUGAUGAACCCGACAGUGACCAGGACGAAGAUGAGCCGCGCAGGAAACGAAGGGUUGUCACCAAGGCCUAUAAGGAGCCCAUAAAAGUGGUGAAGCCCAAACCCAAGCCCAAGAAGACAUCAGAGCAGCCCCGUAAGACUGAGCGGGCCAAGGUGGACAAGCAUGUUCCUCUGGAGCUCCAGGAGGAAAUUGGAGAAAGUCGCAAGUCUGUGCGGCAGUCGACCACCGAGCACACGCGCAUGACCUACCUGCGGCUGCAGGAGAGGCAGGUGGCCCCACGGCGCAGGAAGGGGGCCCACCACGACCGGCCCCUGACCCAGGAGGAGCUGCUGGCUGAGGCCAAGCUGACCGCCGAGAUCAACCUCCGAUCACUAGAGAACUAUGAGCGUCUGGAGGCAGACAAGAAGAAGCAGGUCCACAAGAAGCGGCGCUUCGAGGGCCCCACCAUUCGCUACCACUCGGUCCUCAUGCCGCUAGUCUCUGAUGCCCACCUGAAAGAGGAGAACGUGGACGUGGAAGGGUUAGACCAGGACACACCACAGGCCACUUCUGCUGCCCCGGCACCCUCUUCUGAAGCUGCCCCGUCCACCUCAUCCUCCUCCCAGCAACCCCCAGGAGGGUUCUGCUCUCGAACCUACAUCACCUUCAGUGACGACGAGGCCUUUGAAUCGGUCUUCCCCCGGGCCCCUCUGCCCCGACCCCCAGUCCAGGAGAUCUGCCCGGUCACCCACAAGCCGGCUUUGUACCGCGACCCUGUCACAGACAUCCCCUACGCCAACACCCGCGCCUUCAAGAUCAUCCGUGAGGCCUACAAAAAGUAUGUGGCCGCCCACGGGCUCCCCAAUGCCUCAGGUGGGUUCUCUGGAGACGGUGGAUCCAAGGGGGCCCGUCAGAAGAUUGUCAUCAAGCAGAGCAUGUCGGCCACUUAGCAGGACAAUACAGAUUUGACCUACAUCUGAAUUUGUAGGCCUUGAGACUUUGACUGAUUUCUCUUUACGUUUCCCUCUUUCUAUGACUGCUUUUUAUGUCUGUGAUCCACUCUUUUUGCUUUUUUCCCUUGUCUUUUUUUUCAUCUAUGACUGGUUUCUCUUUAAACAUACUUCCAGCAAAUCCCUCCCAUAUUGACAUACUGGGGUGUACUCAGUAUGGAAAUCAUUUGAAGAGGAGCACCGGUUAGUUCUGGCAACUUGUUUUUUUAUACUGCAUAUGUUCCAUGUUAUAGUUUAAUGUUGUAACGCGUUGAGCUUUAGAAACAUUCCUGCAUGGAGUAAUUGGCAACUGUGCAGACAGGAAUAAGUAUGUUUGUACUUACAGUAAGCUGAAACGAUAGGAUUUUCUCUAGUGGGGGAAGAUGAAUGCAUAGUGUAAUAAAAUAUGUACAAGGAAUCAUAUCUUCAUUUCUCCAUUUCUUUAAGCCAAAAGAUGGGCAAUGAUGAGCCGAAACCAAAAAAGACAUGAGGUUAAGUCAGGACAUGAACAACUUUGCCAUAUCUUGAGAAAUGCAUACAAUGAGGUCUUGAAAUGUAUUCAUAGUGUGCAGACUCUGCCCUGGGCCAGCCUUAUGUGUGUUUUUUUUUUUUAU